CUCCAUUUUGAUCCUGGCGAGCGCGUGCGCGGCGGUGACUCGAGCCCUUGAUCUGCGAAGGAUCUCUCCUCCUUCCGAUUUCGUCUUAUGCGUCAAUUCCGGACAAGACAAAGACAACGAAUCGCGCCGCGCGGGCAAGCCGCGUGCCUCUCCGCCGGCUCCGGGUCGACUAUAAGAGAUCGGUCCUCUAUUGUCUUUCGCCGCCACCUCCCGCUGCGUCCCCGUGGGCUCCCCCGGCUCCUUUUUGUCAUCCGUGCGCACACAGAAGAGAAAACCAGGACACCCGCGCUAGGAGAGCAUUCCUUAUUCUCUCCCUCCCCCAACGCGCGUAGGAGCUAAUUCCGCGGACGAGCGUGCUCUCCGCCUCUCCUCUCCUCUUUCUCUUCGUUCUACGAUUCGUUCCACGACCGAUCAGCGAUCAUGCCCGUGCUGCGCACUCGCGAUACCUCUUCACGUCCCCUUGAAGUCACGACCGACGCUCCCGAGGUCCCGACUGUAGCGAUAGUUUCCCCCACGCCUCGCGCGUUCACCUUCCCCCCUGACAACCACCUGGACGACAGCCCGUACUCGACGCCAUCGUCGUCCCCCUUCGAGCCCGAGCUCUCCCCCUCCCAGCGAACAUCCUCCCCCGCUUCCUUCCCCUCCGCCUCGACUUCGGCGACCCCGGGCCCUGCCCCCGCCCCCCUCACCCCCUUCGGCGCGGCCCCGCUUCCCUCUCCCUCGCGGGCUCACCAGGUCCAUCGUCGCCAGGUCUCCGACUCCAGCGUCGAUCGCCGCCCCAAGAAGGGCGACGAGGACUACAUCAAGCGCCCCGAGAACGCCUUCAUCCUCUUCCGCCGCAAGUGCGUCGAGGAGCGCGCCCAGCGCGACCCGAAUGGCGCACCGCUCCCCAAGAAGCAGCGCCAGGCGGACUUGAGCAAGACCAUCUCCGCUCAGUGGAAGGCGCUCUCCUCUGACGAGCGCCAGUACUGGGAGGCCCUCGCCCGCGAGAAGAAGCGCGAGCACGAGCAGCAGUACCCGGGCUACGUCUACCGCCCGCAGCGCGUCCCCAAGCGCAAGACUCUCGAGCGCCGGCGCGCCGCGGCGGCUGCCGCUCAGGCGCAGCAGGCCGGCAAGCACUCGGGCGACGACGACGAGUACGUGCCGCCCGCGGCGGCGGGCAGCGUGCGGCGGUCGGAGAGCAGCGACGCGGCGCUCCCGGCGCGCUACUCCUUCGUCGUGCCCAUGCGCACCCAUGGCCGCAGCGUGAGCGCGCCGACGCCGCCGCCGUACCAGUCCAUCACGGUCCCGCGCGUCUACGCGCGCACGCCCGACGCGAACGCGGACGCGCCCAGCCUGCUCCCGCUGCUUCAAGGCCGGCCAGGCUUCGACUACGUUCCCCCCAGCUUCGGCCAGGCGGCGACGCAGUUCGGCCGCCCGCCUCAAGGUUUCGAGCCUCAGCUCCCGCAACCACCACACCCGCAUCAGUGGCCGCAGGCGACGACAUACCAGGAGCCUUCGUAUACCUCGAUGCCUCAGGAGUACGCACCGCCGACGCAGGAGUACCACCACAACGGAUGGGCCCAGGACGCGCCGAUGCUUUCGCCUGCGUCGUCAACGGGUCCAGCGACGCCCACCUCGCAGCAUCACGUCUCGGAUUUCGCGGAGGACAAGCGCCGCGCCGACCUCGACUCGCGACUCGAGCAGCAGCUCACGGCGCAGGCCCAGCAGCAGCAGUACGCGGGCCAGACGUACGAGCCGUACCCCUUCACGAACCCGUUUGCGCCCGAGAGUCAGCAGCCGCAACAACAGGGCUUCGACCUCGCGCCCGUCUCUCCGAACGAGCAGGCGCCCUUCAUACAGCAGCCCACCGACCAGUUCUCGUCCCCGGCGUACUCGCCCGAGGAGCAGUUCAACGGCGCGGAGAGCUUCAACGCCGCCGACACCUCGUCCUUCAACACCUGCGACAACGGCCAGUUCUCCAACGCGUACCCGCAGUACGACUCCGCGCUCUUCGCCAACGACGGCUCGUCCUUCCCCGCCGACGGCCCCGGGUACAACUGGUGGCCGCCGUCCUCGGACGUCUUCGCGCCGGACGACUUCGACAUCAACGCGAUCCCGGGCGUCCAGCUCGACGUCAGCCGCUUCGACGACGGGCAGCCCGCGUUCGGCGGCGAGGCUGCGCAGUUCGGCGAUGCGGGCUUCGGCGGCGGCGAGUUUAACGUCUCGGGCUCGAAGGCGACGUUCGCGUCGGAGUGGGGGCAGCAGGACAUGGGCUUCGGGCAGGGGCAGGAGCAGUACCAGGCGGAGUGGGCGACGGAGCAGCAGUACCACGUUCAGGAGUACGCCACGUCGCCCGUCGCCGCCAACGCGCCCACCACGGGCGUAUAGAAACUAUCAAGUGUGCGCGUCGUCUAUAUACCCCGGCCUUCACGCCGGCUAGACGCGCGCGCACCUACACCGAGGGUGAAUACCUUUUUUACGACUUUACACAUGACAAUUUCCCUACCAUCUCAUCUCAUCUCUCCAUCUCCUCU